UCGAAAGUCUGCAAGAGUUUUUUGCUGGCCUGCUGCCCACAUGAAAUCCUCUCGUCGACGAAAUCGAGAGAAGCAUAUGCUCACACAUGUACGUAUUGAGUACCUUUGCGAGUCGGUGCUCGAGGGAACGUGAGCCUCUUUGCACACACAUUGUUGAGACGCUAUGUCAACUAUGUCCCAGUAAAAAAGAAAAACUAGCAAGUGUUACGUGUAACAAAGUUCCGGUGCCACGCACAGACACAUAGAAGAGCUGAAUAAAGACGAUAGAAGCUAUGCGAUGCACGACGCCAGAUAGAAUCGUACGCUCGAAUUGUCCGCCUUCGGCGUUUCUCUCCUCACCCUUUUUCACCUGUGCCAAUCGGUGUGUCAGGCUCCUCGGUAUCGUUGAGCGUUCGAGAAAAUUGUAGAUUGUAAGAUGACCGACCUUUGAUCGAAUUUACGUAAACGAACGUAACACGGGGGGAGGGGACGAGGAAUUAACACGCAGAGAAGCGCCCUAAUCCCAUUUUCUACCCCGCGACGACACGUGUCGACCUCAAGGAUUGACAUCACGAUCGAUUCACACUUGAUACCGUCGAAGUGCGACACACAGGGGGAGCGGGCGUUUCUGUCAGAUACACAAAAUCCCGAUUGCAGGAUUAGAACAGCCGACGUGAAUUUCACGGCUCGUGCGGAACGGAGAAGCGAGAAAACUGCGAGAUGUCCUCGGAAAUAUCCGUUUUUUUUUCUCUUUCUCUCUCUCUCUUUCUACCUCUUUAUCUCUUGGGAUUCUCCUGUACUGUCGAGCCAUGAAACGACGUUGCUCGUUCUAAUUUUCAUCCGUACAUACCAAAUAUAUAUAUGUAUGCGUACAAUGAGAGAGAAUACUUAUAUGUACACACUGCAAGCCCCUGUGGCAGUGAAAUUGGGAAGCGCAGGCGGCCGUAUAAAUACGGCUCAGACGAGAGGCAUCGUCGUGAUGCGUGUUAGAUCGAGCAACAUUACAUCAGACGACACUGUACUACCGCGCUUUGAUUAUCGAUCGCGUCGACUGUCAACCGCGAACCGUUAACGCAAUGAACCGUCAACAGCGCUUCUCGAUGUUACCCCGCGCGAAUCGUCCGACGGUGGGUGUUUGCUACCACACCUCGACCGUAUUCACCCACAUGUAGUAGCCAUCUCGACUGCUCUCGCGCGAAUCUCUGUUUCUCUGGGUGAUUCAAUCGUCAGCCGAACUUCAGUAUCUUACGAGUCUAUCUCUAGCGAUGAAACAAAAAUCACGAAGCAACGAACGACGAGGGCGUCCGGGGCAAUCGAGCGUUUUAUCGCGGUCUAUGACGGGGAAAAAGUUGUGCCCCCUCCCUCACUCUCGCAGCUGACUUAAUGCGCGGAAAGUUUCUCGCUCGAGAAGUAACGCCGCGGCACGGGGGAAUGUUUCCUUAAUUUUUAAUCGGUCAGUGUUUUCAAUUGUCGUCCGCAGAUGCGUGGGAAUUUACAUAAGUAUCCGCGCGUGCGCCUGUUGCCGACGUUGAUCGAUGUCGGAGAAUCCCGGUGAGGGUACUUGGAGGGUUUACAGAACGGCUCUUCAGUUACCGGCACCGACGGAAUUCGCCGCGCGAAAUUGGUAAUCAAUCUCGUCUCUCUUCGGCGGGUGAAUUUAUCGCCGACCGAUUAAUACCUUCCCCUUCGCCGCUUCCCCUUUCACAAUCGAUGACGCGUCCCUUGUAUCUCAAUUUACUUCAAAGCACGCGUCUCGCAUUAUUUACUUCCUCGUCGGUGAAGAUAAGACGAUUCUACAUACAUAUUAAAGCGCGCACAACGGAGAAGAUAGGGAAUGCAUCAUGCGCAAUUUCCCAAAACGGGAAAGCGCACAGUAUUCAUGACUGUUUCUUCUCCUCUGCCAACUGAAAUUCAUCGCAGAUUCUGAUCCCCGAUAAAGCCCGCGGAAGAAGCAUAUAAAUUUAUUCGAUAUGUACUCGACACGAUUGUACGUCCCACUAACUCAAUUGUUAAGGAACUCGGCUUGAUAAAAAAAAAAAAAAUUACAGAUUGCGUAUUAUAAUGUUGCGUAUCUUUGAAGUAAUCUCCUACAUAUCGAACAGUGUGAGGAAGUAAACGUGAGGUAGCAAACACCCCCCUUGUUGGUUCCGCGAGAGGAUGUCCCACGACACCACAAAAUUUUCGGGAACGAAGACGCGAGAAUAGAGAAGUAAAUUAAGUAAAGAGAAACUCAAAGAAAGAUGAAACGAAAAGAAAGAUUUACUAACGGCAAUCGCUCGAACCGUGAAGCACCGCUAUGCAGAUCCACUAAUGUCAACGUAACUACAGUUCUAUUUCCAGAGUCUCUGGAAAAAGCAAUUCCAAUCAGAUCCAUUGUACAAUAUUGUUGCGAGUAUUGUCCGCUCACAUAUGUCCGUGUUGUACUUGUCACUCUCACACGCGCGUUACUGUAAGUACUGAAAACGAGAAGAGGACGUACGUAUUACACCUACAAUUUGAUUUACCUUUACAAUAAUAAUUCAAGUACUAAGUAUACAUAUAUAUAUAUACAUAUAUAUGUGUAUCUAUAUACAUAUAUAUUUUAAUUCGAUAUACAUAUAUAUAUAUAUACGUAAAGGCGGGCGGUAACCUCAGCCCCUCUACCGAUUUUUUUUUUUUUUCUACACGGUGGUGAGGCUGAGUGCCGAAUGUAAAUUCCCAGACCCCCUCGAAAAGGCCUGUAAAAGUCGGUGAGUAGAGCGUCAUGCUGAUACAAUGAGACGAUGUCUUAAUUGUCGCUUCUUACUAAUGAUGCCGUUUACGGCAGGUAGGAAUGAAGUUUACUUUGAGAAUGUGUGUGAGCAAAAAAUAUAUAUCAUCCUAUGGAAGUGUGUGGGUGCAAGAAAAUGAAGCAGUGAUCUGUAAGUAAGACUUUGCGAAUUGCCAAGAACCUCUCACAAGACACGCGCGGUACGGUGGAGAGGCCGCGGAAGAGCCUCGUCUUCCUCGGUUCUCUCCGGUUGUUUCGAAGACGCGAGGUCGGAGGAAACGAGAGUUGGUCCGCGGGUUGGCCGGUCGAUGUGCAGCUUCGUGCGGUUUGCGCGCGUUUUCUCUCUGCCGUUUCUCUCUUUUUAACGAUUAUCGAACUGCGCGGAUACGAAUACUCGAAUAACGAAGCGUGCUUUAAGAGCGAGAAAAGACUCUCUUUUCAACGUGUGUGCCCGAAACGCAUCGAGGGAAAGCGAGCCGAGUCCCGCGAGUCCACCGGAGUCUCUCGUUUCGCGCGAUUUACCUUUGGCAAUUUGCAACGGCCGAAGUGUCGGCAAGAGAAUAAUUGAGAGGUGGCAUGAUGCAGAGAGACGUGUGAUGAUUAGGCGGAUUAGCACAACGUUGCCAGUUCCAUUAGAAAAAUUUCCUCCAACAUUGGACGUGUGUACGUAUUGAAUCCGUAUCUUUCUAAAAUCCGUUCAGCAGCCAACGUAAGAGAGAAUUCGUGCCGUACGUAAAUAGCAUAAUCAAACCAUUAUAGGCUGUAAGUUCUUUCGUAGAAAAGUGAACAUUAUGAACUUAAGGUGUGUGCUGAUUAUAGCUUCAUUGCCAUCGCAUUCUCGUGUCAGGCGGAGAACAGUUGCCACCCUGUAAGUGAAAUCAACAAACUAUAUUAUCUGUACAAACUGCAUUUCUACUUUAUACCACGCGACUACAUACUAUAGAUCGUCUGACAAUUGUUGGAUCGUUUCAAUCGUACGUUUUGUCUAGUCCGUGCAGGAAGACGAACCGACGGUUUUUCCGUUAAAAGCAAAAAUAUGUCAAAUAAGAUGAAACGAAUAGAAAGAAAUAAGGCAGAGUGCCUAUUGGGCCGUCUUUUAUCCUAAGGGUAUACAGGCGUUAUGUACAAACUCGAAAUUUUUGUAGUGUAUGAUCUGUCUGUCUUCUCUCUCUCUCUCUCUCUCUCUCUCUCUCUCUCUCUCUCUCUCUCUCCUAGAUUAUUGAUUCAAGCUAACUUCCAGUCGCGGCAACGCGACCGUAUGUUAUUCUUGUCAAGUAAGAGAUCUCGUAAAUGCAGAGUUGGGGAGGGUCUAACUAGAAUAAUUAUGAUAACAAUAAUAAUAAUAAUGAUACGCGUAGAAUCGAUAAGGUCCCGCACAAACGAAGGAACGUAAUCUAAUACGUCUUGAUUUGUAAAUGUCAUAGCGCAUGGACCUGGGAGAAUGCCCCCAGAUUCACGACUUGGCCCUACGGGCUGACUACGAGGCUGCGCAAAAGAAGAAGGAUCACUUUUACGACAUUGACGCGAUGGAACACCUCCAGAGCUUUAUCGCCGACUGCGAUCGUCGUACGGAGCAGGCGAAGCAGCGUCUGGCGGAAACCCAGGAGGAGCUGAGUGCAGAGGUGGCGGCGAAGGCAAACAACGUCCACGUGCUCGCUGAAGAGAUCGGUAAGAAACUAGCCAAGGCCGAGCAGCUCGGCGAAGAGGGCUUCGUCGAGGAGUCCAUGAAGCUGAUGGGCGAGAUCGACGAGCUGCGCAAGAAGAAGAACGAGGCUGAGCAGGAGUACAGGAACAGUAUGCCGGCGUCGAGUUACCAGCAGCAGAAGUUGAGAGUAUGCGAAGUGUGCAGCGCUUACCUUGGCAUUCACGAUAACGACAGACGAUUGGCCGAUCAUUUCGGCGGCAAGUUGCAUCUGGGCUUCAUCAAGAUCCGCGAGAAGCUCGCUGAACUGCAGAAGACCGUCGAGGAGAGGCGUAAGGAGAAGCGCGAGUCCUUACUUGACAGAAGACGAGACAGGGACAGGGAGGAUCGCGACAGAGACCGCGACAGAUCGGACAGGAACCGCGGCGGAGGAUUGGGCUACAGAGACCGGGACCGCGAGCGCGACCGUGAACGCGACCGAGAUCGCGAUCGCGACAGAGAUCGAGAUCGCGAGAGGGAGCGUGAACGGGACCGUGAUCGCGACCGAGAUCGCAGAGACAGGGACAAGAAAAAGUCGCGAUCCCGAAGUCGCAGUCGUGGUAAAAGAUCGAAACGUUCACGCAGCGGUAGUCACAGUCGUCGAUCUCGUUCCCGUCGCAGCGGAUCCAACGAUCGCAAGAGAUAAGAAAGAAGAAAUAUAAUGAUUAUGCUCAAUCAUCUUGUUCCCUUCAUUGUCUCUUAUAUAUAAUGUCUCCUGUUUCUUUUCCUUCCUUUUCCCUCUUCCCAGCGUUCUACACACGUCUUGUAUCCCAUAACGUGUAACACCAAAUCGUGCACACGAGGCAUCUGUGUCGAAACGUCGUUUAUAAACAAACGGUUUUCGGUGUUUCACGCCUCGACGUAAUCAUUGUAUAUUACACCUAAACCUUAAUACCUAAGCGAUACUUAGACUUUAUUUAUAUUAGAAACUAUUUCUUAAAACUAAUGUUAAAUUCAAUUUAGAUAUUAAUCACCUUACAAUGCUACAGUUUGCUUUUAAACUAGUUUUAAUCUAUCGUGUAAAUAAGAGAACAGCUUAAGAGUAUAUCUCAUAUUUACGGUUGUUACAU